AUGUGCCACCCGUGAGUGGUGCCACCUUCCUCUGACAAAAAGGAAAAUCACGUUCUCUCCCAAUGAAACGGAGCGAUGCGCGUACUCGACAUCACUACACCCCCUUGCGCGCCCCCGCCCCUUACCGCUGCUCUUUGAAAAAGAAAAGGAAAUAAGCGUUAGAAAUCGAGCCGAGAGACUCCAGGAGCAUCUUUGAGAAGGUACCAAGAAACUGGUUGUGAAGUCCAUUGUUUUACAUCAUGAAAGACCGCACACUCGAGCUCAGAAGUGGCAAGGACAGUGAUGAAGAUGAUGAGGUGGCCGUCAGCAUGGACAAAGACCGCUUCAUGGAUGAGUUCUUCGAACAGGUGGAAGAGAUCCGUGGCUUCAUCGACACCCUUGCUGAGAAGGUGGAGGAGGUUAAGAGGAAACACAGCGCGAUUCUCGCCGCGCCCAACCCUGACGAAAAAACAAAGGCAGAACUGGAGGAGCUGAUGACCGAUAUAAAGAAGUUGGCAAAUAAAGUGCGUUCCAAGUUAAAGAGCAUCCAGCAGACCAUCGAGCAGGAGGAGGGCCUCAACAGAUCAUCAGCAGACCUGAGGAUACGCAAGACACAGCAUUCCACUUUGUCCCGCAAAUUUGUGGAAGUGAUGUCAGAGUACAACGCCACUCAGUCGGACUACAGGGAGCGGUGCAAGGGCAGGAUCCAGCGGCAGCUGGAGAUCACUGGCAGGAACACAACCAAUGAGGAGCUGGAGAGCAUGCUGGAGAGCGACAACCCUGCUAUCUUCACCUCGGGGAUCAUCAUGGACUCAAAUAUUACCCAGCAGGCCAUGAACGAGAUCGAGACCCGGCACAACGAGAUUAUCAAGCUGGAGAACAGCAUCCGUGAACUGCACGAUAUGUUCAUGGACAUGGCGAUGCUGGUGGAGAGCCAGGGGGACCUAGUGAACAACAUUGAGAAGAACGUGCGGAGUGCAGAGGAGUACGUGGAGAGAGCCAAAGAGGAGACAAAGGCAGCCAUUAGCGUGCGGAAGGGCAGCCGACGGAAGAUGAUCUGUAUAGGAGUCUGCGUGGCGGUCUCGCUAGCCAUACUCGUCGUUUCGCUGGCCGUCGGGCUCAGCUAGCCGAGCCGUUGGACCACAGCCUCUGAGAGACAGAAAGUCGUAACGAUCUGAGACGGGCGGGCGGGGCUCUGUGAUCCCUCCCCGCUCCCGGUGACAUCAGCGGCGCUGUGCAUGUGUGCGUCAGCCUGUCUGGCUCGGCCUCUCAGCUCCGAACGGCAGCUCUGUAGCUCUGGAUGUGAUGCUCUGUCAGCCAGCUUUAAUUACAGGAACGAGGGGGGGGGGGUGUGCUGUCAGGGACGCUUAACCUGGACUCUACAGGAUGAUGGAAGAGAGCGGGUGGCGAGAUCACAGCACAGCAGAGCAGAACAGAUGCUCACCAUCGCAUUGUCUCACGCGUAUGGCAGGGAUAGUGUUUUUCGGAAGCGCGCGGGGAGUGUCUUUGAAUUGCAAUACUGUGUGUAUGCACAUGGUUACUGCUGUCAAGGUCUCUGGUGUAAUGAUUACACAGUGACUCUAUGUACUUUAAACAUGCACUGUAGUCUAUAAUAAUUGUGGGCUUAUCUAUG